CCAAGUCCAACCACUUCCUCCAGAGUCCAAACUCCCAAGCUUAUAAAUAACUCGGCCGGCCGGUGCCCUCCGGAGACAGACCAAAUAUUUCGCCCUCUGCCUAUCCAAUUCUCUCCCGCACACCACACACACAGAGACACACACAAGGAACACCACGAGAAUGGCAUCCGUUCUCGUGUUCUCCUGGUGUUCUUUCCUGCUUAUCCUCCUGUUGGCGCCGGCUUCACGAGCGCUGAACAUCGGCGACCUGCUCGGGAAACCACCGGCGGGAAGCCAAGGUUGCAGCCGGACAUGCGAAUCCUCUUUCUGCACGGUCCCGCCGCUGCUGAGGUACGGGAAAUACUGCGGGAUCCUGUACAGCGGCUGCCCCGGCGAGACGCCCUGCGACGCCCUCGACGCCUGCUGCAUGGUCCACGACCACUGCGUUGACACCCACAACAGAGAAAACACAAAAGCGGAUUACGCUCGUUGCUUCACCCGGACGGGACGCACCAAACCUACCAAAUGUUCCCGCUCGGCCUCACGGCCUCACGCCAGGUGUUUGCGAGCUGACGCGCCACCUAACACAAUCGGAUCAGAUUCUCAGAGCAGCAGUAGUACAGAGCUACCAGAUAAUAUAAACUUAAACUGAGCGCGUGUGGUGCAGAGCAUGCCCCUGUUUGGCCUAACGCGCUGCACGGCCGCGUUUCUGUUCGACCAACAGCGCCGCCAGACCAACCGAUGCGUGCGUCGGCGCGUCGCAGCCAACCAACAUGUGCGCUCCGUGUGCGCCACCACCCCGCCGCUGUGCCGUCGCAUCCUUCCUUUCCGGCACGGCACGGUUGCACCGCUUGCACGCGUCGGUGCGCAUGAUUGCAUCACUCCCCUUUCUCCCUCAGUCCACUCCUCGCACGCACUCAAGCGCACUAGAUGCCCCACGAGUGGUGAAUCUGGUGUGCAUGUGUCGCCUCGCCGUCUCAAGUGCCCGCGCGCACUCUGUCGCUGACUGCUAGCUCGCUUCUGACUUG